CAAAUAAUUUCCGGCUGACAAAGCCCAAGAUCAUUUUUCCUUGAAUACAUUCCUGAAUACUGGAGGCUGCAAACUUUGUUCAGGCGAACUCAUCGGAGAUUUCAUUGUGCAAGCGAAGGCCAAAAUGCAAACUGAAAGUGCUUUGUCAGUUAUUGGACCAAGGCCGAUGGAGUUGUCUGCUGUGCCUCCUAGCUUUCCUCAAGGGCUUGGACCAAAUGGAAAACCACGGACAUCAAGCUUGGAGUCACCAAUUAUGUUGCUUACCGGACAUCAAAGUGCUGUGUAUACCAUGAAGUUCAAUCCAGCAGGAACAACCAUUGCAUCUGGUUCACAUGAUAAAGAAAUCUUUCUUUGGGAUGUACACGGCGAUUGCAAGAAUUUUAUGGUCUUGAAAGGGCACAAAAAUGCAGUUCUUGAUGUUCAAUGGACUACUGAUGGAUCAACAAUAGUAUCAGCCAGCCCCGAUAAGACUGUUAGGGCGUGGGAUGUAGAAACAGGCAAACAGAUUAAAAAAAUGGCUGAACAUUCCUCAUUUGUGAAUUCAUGCUGCCCAGCUCGGAGGGGCCCUCCACUUAUUGUCAGUGGAUCUGAUGAUGGCACUGCUAAACUUUGGGAUAUGCGCCAAAGAGGAGCCAUACAGACAUUUCCAGACAAAUUUCAAAUUACUGCCGUCAGUUUCUCUGAUGCCUCCGAUAAAAUCUACUCAGGUGGUAUUGACAAUGAUGUGAAAGUGUGGGAUUUGCGAAGGUGUGAAGUAACUAUGACUCUUCAGGGCCAUCAGGAUACUAUAACUGGUAUGCAGCUGAGUCCUGAUGGGUCUUAUCUUCUUACUAAUGCCAUGGACUGCACACUUCGCAUAUGGGACAUGCGUCCGUAUGCCCCCCAAAAUCGCUGUGUUAAGAUCUUGGAAGGCCACCAACACAAUUUUGAAAAGAACCUGCUGAAAUGUAGCUGGUCACCUGAUGGAAGUAAGGUAACAGCUGGGAGUUCUGAUCGCAUGGUUUAUAUCUGGGAUACAACAUCUAGGCGCAUUCUGUAUAAGCUCCCUGGACACACUGGAUCUGUUAAUGAAUGUGUUUUUCAUCCUAAUGAACCAAUUGUGGGAUCUUGCAGUAGUGAUAAACAGAUCUAUCUUGGUGAGAUUUGAAUAGGAGGUACUACCUUUUCUGACCUUCAGCUAUAUAUAUUCAGUAUGAGGGAGCUACCAGCAGAUUUGGGAACUAGGUGUGGAUUCAUCAAGUUGUAGUUAAAAUUUGUAACCUUCUUUUGCCUAUGGGUGGAACUUUGAAACUGCAAAACAGUGAUAUGCUUGCUUAAUUUUGAUUACCUGAUAGAUGUUAUUGUACAACUAUGCUGAAUGUUUUGCCUUGUAGACAAGAAGUUUAGAUGUGAGAUUGCAAGUUUUGGGGAUUCAAGACACUGCUUUAGUUAGGUAUCAAAAAAAUAUAUAAAAAAAGAUACAUUUGUUUAGUUGCAGAAGAUUGUGGAGAUCAGUGAACAGUUGACAUUUCGAUUUCUAGUGUACCUAUUGGGUUUUACUGUCGAAGCUGAAGUUAACAGUUUGAAUUCA